GCUUGACUUCCACGGCGACCGUCUGCGCAGUAUGAAUACUUCUGGUCGUCAGGUGAGCACUUGCUGGAUUCAGUGAAGAAUAGCCUCUAGGAGAAAGCAUAACAAUAUAUUAUCAUCAAAGAGUAAUCUUCAAAUGACAACCUCAGCUGCCCUAAGUCGUUGGAGUAGAAAGUCGUCAACCACAGUGCUACUCUAUGCCCUUCCGCUAGUCUUACUAAUAGUCUUGACGGGUGACAAUCGUCUAUCAAGAUCCACUGACCUCUCAGCGCGACAAGUGGCCGAAAUCUACGAGGACGAUCACGUCAUCAUCGCGGGAGUUGGUAACCAAUCACAGUACGCUUAUUGGGAUCGGCCUGAUCGCGAAGUAGACCUUGCCUUGAUUCGUGGCGAUGAGAAAAAUGGUAAGCCGGCUCUGAAAACGAUCCUCUUUUGGAACGGCCUGUUCUAUUACCCAGACUAUGCCUUUGGACGAGGGCGGCAACCUUUUAUUGAUGCUAAGUGCCCCGUCACAACAUGCCUCGCAACAGACGAUCCUUAUUUAUUGGAUUCGGUGGAUCAGUACGAUGCCGUCAUGUUUCACUGGCCUUCACUAUGUGAUUAUCCGUACGUCGCCUCUCGCUCCGAGCAUCAGCUUUUCGUUAUGGUCUCUGACGAGUCGCCACAGUGGCGUUUCUCGGGAUACAAGUUGCCUUAUUGGAAAGACUUCUUCAACCUCACCAUGACCUACCGAAGAGACUCUGACAUUGAGUGGCCGUACGGACAGGUGGAGGUUUUGCCUUCUGCUCCGAUUGGCGAAGACGAAGUGCGGGCUGCUCGCCUCAACGUUACGCGCAACUACGCUGCAGGAAAGAGCAAACUAGCCGUUUGGUUCGUUUCUCACUGCAAAACUGACUCACGGAGAGAAUUUUACGUGCACGUGCUGAAGCAACACAGCCGCAUCGACAUCUUUGGCAAGUGCGGAAAACCGUUUUGUUCUUUCGACCAGCUAAAUGACUGCUACGAACGUAUAGAGCUGGACUACAAAUUCUAUCUUUCCUUCGAAAAUUCCCUUUGUCGCGGUUACAUAACGGAAAAGUUCUUCAAUCUUCUCGACCGAAAUAUUGUACCCAUCGUCUACGGUGCUGGCAACUACGAAGCCAUUGCUCCACCACAUUCUUACAUCGACGCUCUCAAGUACACGCCAGUUCAAUUAGCAAAAUACCUUGACAUUCUCGACAAAAACGAUACUCUCUACAACGAAUAUUUUUGGUGGAAGCCUUUUUACAAAUCGCAUUACGACUACAAAGAAAUGGCCAAUAUUGCGUUUUGUCAGCUCUGCCAGCAGCUCAAUCACCCACGGACACAUUUGCAAUGGUAUCACGACAUCGACGCGUGGUACGAUGGUGGAAACCACUGUCACAAGCCAAACCGCUUCAAGGUUCCUAUCAAGCAGUUUGAUUUCGAUAAUUACACCAUACCCGCUAAUGCGGUUGUAAAAAUCCCGUUGUAACAUCCCUAAAGCAUGCGCUUAUUAUUGUACCGUAUCGUAUGUCAUGAAAUUUCUCAAAAUUGUUACGUUGGACAAAACAACCGCUUCAAACUCAAAAAAAGAAGCAAAAGCUGUGA